UACUGUGGAGGUACUUCGGGACGGCACAGGUCUGACAGGCGUCGCUUCCCGGGCCUUCGCAGGAGUAGCAGUGGCGGUGGCAGCUCAUGCAGGUGAAGCGGUCGUCGUGCAGAGCGUCGGGUGACGUCAUGUCGCGUCGUGUGGAAGGGGGCGUGGCCAGCCUUCUGCUGCAGCGGAGAAAGAUGACAUGGGGAUGAGAGAGCGAGACAGAGCGCGAGGCGGUGAGACAGCCGAGAGGAAUUAACGGUUCGUCAGAGGUCUGGACCGAGCCGCAUCAGCAUGGGGCGCGAUGACUGAACGCAGAACGGGUUCUCUGAAUCCCCAGAGUCUUCCUCUGCUCUGCGGCCCCUGAAGCCAUGGACUAGAGCUCCAUCUGGUCAGCGCAGUCCGAAGGUCAUCAGAUGGCUUCUCAACAACCGUCAGCAAAAACGCAGAAAAUGAGAUCGUGAAGGCUGGCGUCCACCAAGGCCACCGCUGCACCUUGGGCAGCGCACACGCAUGAUCACAUGACUCUGGACAUGGAUGCGGUCCUGUCAGACUUUGUUCGGUCCACUGGGGCGGAACCUGGUCUGGCAAGAGACCUGCUGGAAGGUAAAAACUGGGACCUCAGUGCGGCUCUGAAUGAUUACGAGGAGCUCAGGCAGGUCCACACUGCCAACCUGCCGCAGGUCUUCAACGAGGGCCGCUACUACAAACAGCCAGAGACACGUGACACGCCCACUCAUGUCACCAAGAUCGACAAGCCGUGUGCACAGAAGCAGGAGGACAAUGCACAAGAAAAACGUCUGUCCCGGGGAAUCUCCCACGCCAGCUCUGCUAUCGUCUCCCUGGCGCGGCUUCAGGUGGCCAGCGAGUGCACCAGCGAGCAGUUUCCUCUGGAGAUGCCCAUCUACACAUUCCAGCUUCCAGACCUCAGCGUUUACAGUGAGGACUUCAGGAGCUUCAUCGAGCGAGAUCUGAUCGAGCAGUCCACCAUGAUGGCUCUGGAGCAAGCUGGUCGUCUGAACUGGUGGUCUACCAUGUGCACCAGCUGUAAGAAGCUGCUUCCUCUGGCCACCACAGGGGAUGGAAACUGCCUUCUACACGCAGCCUCUUUAGGAAUGUGGGGCUUCCACGACCGAGACCUGAUGCUGAGGAAAUCCCUGUACACCAUGAUGAAGAGUGGGGCGGAGAGGGACGCGCUGAAGAGGAGGUGGAGGUGGCAGCAAACCCAACAGAACAAAGAGUCGGGCCUGGUGUACACAGAGGAGGAGUGGGAGCGAGAGUGGAACGAGCUGCUGAAGUUGGCCUCCAGUGAGCCGCGCACUCACCUCAGCAAGAACGGCAACACCAGUGGAGGGGUGGACAACUCGGAGGAUCCGGUCUAUGAGAGUCUGGAGGAGUUCCAUGUGUUCGUGCUGGCCCACGUGCUGCGAAGGCCCAUCGUCGUGGUGGCCGACACGAUGCUCCGAGACUCAGGAGGAGAAGCGUUUGCACCCAUCCCCUUCGGUGGGCUCUACCUGCCUCUGGAGGUCCCUCCCAGCCGCUGUCACUGCUCCCCUCUGGUCCUGGCCUACGAUCAGGCGCACUUCUCCGCACUGGUGUCCAUGGAGCAGAGAGACCAACAGAGAGAGCAAGCCGUAAUCCCCCUGACCGACUCCGAGCACAAGCUGCUGGCGCUCCAUUUCGCCGUGGACCCCGGCAGGGACUGGGAGUGGGGGAGGGACGACAACGAUAACACCAAGCUCGCCAAUUUCAUCUUGUCUCUGGAGGCCAAACUGAACCUGCUGCACAACUACAUGAAUGUAACAUGGAUCCGGAUUCCAUCAGAAACAAGGAUCACUGUAAAGGAGAGUAACACUAAGGCUCCCCUGGCUCAGCCUGAGUCUCCCACCGCAUCCGCUGGUGAGGACGUCCAGUCUCUGGCUGAGUCCAUGGACUCUGACCGCGAGUCUGUCGGAAGCAACUCCAACGUCAACACGAGCAAGCCCAGCAAGGAGAAGGACAAAGACAAGCAGCGCAAAGAUAAGGACAAGAGCCGAGCUGACUCUGUAGCCAACAAACUCGGUAGCUUCAGCAAAACGCUGGGAAUCAAGCUAAAGAAGAACAUGGGGGGUCUGGGUGGGCUCGUGCACGGCAAAAUGAACAAGUCCAACUCUGGCUCCGGUCGUAGCGGCGAGAACGGAGCGGAGAAGACCAAGAAAAAAGACUCUAAAGCGACCAAAGGCAGCAAGGAUGAGUCGGGCCACUCCGCCAGCUCCACCUCGUCCGAGAAGGCCACCAGCCCCUCCCCUACCGACAGAGACAGACCCUCCAGCUCCUCCCCCACCGAGAGACAGGAGAAUCCAAGCAGAGUCUCGGGGGACAAAACCCUGGAGAACUGGAAGUACAGCACAGACGUCAAGCUCAGUCUCAACAUCCUGCGGGCCGCCAUGCAGGGGGAGCGGAAGUUCAUCUUCGCCGGCCUCCUCCUCACCAGCCAUCGACACCAGUUCCACGAAGAAAUGAUCAGCUACUACCUGACCAAUGCCCAGGAGCGCUUCAGCCAGGAGCAGGAGCAGAAGAGGAAGGAGGCGGAGAAGAAGCCCCCGGCCCCCGCGGAGGUGACGGUGAAGAAGCUAGAACCGGAGAACGUCUUCCAAAGGGAGAGGUCAGACAGUUCGCCCCCGGAGAGCUGCUCUCCCGUCCUGCCUCAUCACACCUACAACCCACAACCCUCGCUGGGGCUGAAGAUGGCGGGCAGGAACAGCCCCACGCCCGCAGCCCCUCCCCCGACCUACCCAGCCCCGCCUCACACCCCUCCGACAGCCACUCACCACGUGUCCCACCCGGCCCCCGCCCCUUAUUCCUCCCCUAGUUUUGGUGCUAAGAGACCGGGGCCUGUUCCCGUGUCGGCCCACUACAGCCAUACACCUCCCAUCCAGAGGCACAGCGUGAUCCACUUACAAGAUGUCAACAUGCAAUCCUCCAUCUUCCAGGAUGAGCCCUACAAGCCGGUGGUGGGCACGCUCAAGUCGUGCGCCACCUACCCGCAGCAGAACCGCACGCUCUCCUCCCAGAGCUACAGCCCCGCCCGCCUCUCCGGGGUGCGCACCGUCAACACCAUAGAGACCUUGUCAUACAACAUGCCUGCCGAACACAAGUCCCACACCUACACCAACGGCUUCAACGCGGGAGACAUUCAAGACUGCCUGGAGUUUGCCGACGAGGACAACUCGUCCCACACCUGGCUCAACCAGGACAAAACCAAAGGGCGGAGCUCUGGAAGCCCUUUGUACUGCUUUCAGCAGCGCCGCUGCAAGAGGGAGAACUGCUCCUUCUACGGGAGGCCGGAGACAGACAACUACUGCUCCUACUGCUACCGGGAGGAGCUGAAGCGCAGAGAGAGAGAGAGCAAAGCGCAGAGGCCUGCGUAGCACCGCCACCGCAGGACUCCCACCCUCAUCCUGGAGAAGAUUCCCUUAUUUUGUCCAAGAAUGCUCUUGUAUUCCCGUCACCCUCCCCGCGUUGGUCCAGAUUCUUACGUUACCUUACGAUGAGGGAAGCAGAACUGGAAACAGUGAGAAACUUUGGCCAGAUGUUGUGCUCUUUAUCCGUCACGUCCGUUCAAUCUUUUACUUGUUUUAGAGUAAAAGUCAUCUCCGCGUGUGCUCACCGACGGGAGGGGAAGUCCUUUAUUUUUCUGCAACAUCUUAGGGAGAAUAUUUUAUCUCUUUUAAUCAAGUCGAAUGCAAUACCUCUGCUUUGUUCUUUCAAAAAUAACCUCUGUGGAAAAGUCCUAGUUGUUUGCAAUCAAAAGAUCAUCUACCGGGAGACAAAUUGAGACUCGAAAGCAAUAAAUUGGUCACUUUUGCUACACUCUCUCCCAACUUUGUCUAUGCACCAAUAAUAUAGUUACUGUAGGUUUACUGUGUCUUGUAAAUUGUAAAGGUCCUGCUGGAAGCUAAAUCCAACCACAGGAGUCCAAACGUAUACACACACUCUCUCUCUCUCUCUCUAGAUCGUAAUGUUGGAUUUAGGAGCUCAUUCGUUGCGUGGAGUCAAACUCUCUCGUCUUUUGACAUUUUCGUCCUGUAGUUGAUCCAAUAACCACAAGCACCUCCCAAACGAACACGUUUGGCUGUUCAAAUUGAAUUUGCAAAGCUGUUCUUUCGUGCCAAAACACCGAACAAUAGAUUUAUCUCAGGUGGAGUCGUGCGAGUGUCAGCGGCGUGUUUCUCCGGGCGGCCUUUUUUUCGGCCUCUCUGAAGGGUCGACUAUGCGAGGAGUUGCGAAGGAAGGCUCGUGCACAUUUGUCCGGAGUGUGAUGAGUUGUCCCCCCCUACACACACACACAUCAUGCUGUUAGCACUCCGUGGUGACCUGCAGUAUAGACGCGUCACCGGUCCAGUGUGAGGUUGUCUGUUCCAUAUUCAGAGGCCGUUUAAAAAAAAUGAAGAGGAAAAAAAAAAGCACCUGCUGCUACGAGCACCUCAAGCCUUUGUGAUCAUCAGUGCUUUAACCAAUCGGUGGGUUUUUGGAGCCCAAGGCCUCUAAGUGCUUUCUGCUCGUUCAACAUGACGACUGUAAAGACGCCGUGUUUGUGUUGCCGUCCGUUCUGGUGAUGCUUGGGUAACGUACCAUGCUGUCCUUAACUCCGUGUGUCCUGGCCAAGGAUGUCUACUGCGGUUCGCUUCUGUCUCUCCUCUGUACACACUGCAGUUGUCGCUCCUCUUCGUUUCUACGUCUCCAGUUUCAUGGACUCUCACCAUGUUAGGACUGUAAGAUAUGAUUUUGUAUUGCUUUAAGACUUUUACACGACUUUAAAUUAUUAAUUUGCACAUUAGGUACAGAUGUAAAUAUGAAAAAAAAAUAGUUUAUUGUUACAAAUAUUUUGUGUCUGUGUCUUUAUUUGACCAAUCGAGGCGUCGGCAAGACUCUUCUCUUAACCAAGGACGAGCACUAGCAGCCUGAACUUCACUGGUUACGUUGAACCGUCAAUGAGAACGCGAGCUGGAAGAUGCUGUGGUUGUGUGUUGGUGGGGAAGAGUGGAUCCAACAUGGCUGCUGUAGGGUCCAGUCAAGCCAUCCACACUCCCAUAUGUUGACGUUUGGAAAGUGGACUACAGAUGACAAAAGCAACCUUCUGCGUUGCAUGUUGAUGCAUAGGAUUAUAAACACAUCCCCUUAUGCGGCUCUCCUUGCGCUGUUACUAAAACUCAUGGCUGCACCGGCGCCAUCCCACCGGUUACCUAACCCCAACCUCCAUCUUUUGUUUGUUUGGGUUUUUUUUCAAACGUGUCGCGCUGCUGCAGAAGGAAUGUGGUUCACUUGAAAACCCAAUGCGUCAACAUGCAACGCUGAAGGCUGCCUUCGCCGUCAGUAUAGGACGCAAAAGUCCACUUUCCCAACGUCGAUAUAUAUAUGACGCCAUGGGAGUGAGGAUGGGUUGCAACUGUAGAAAAUAAAGAUCCAUUUUUUCACUGUUGUAGCACACAGGCAGAGUUGGACUGAUGGAUUCUGAAUUCACAUCCAAGAGAAAAGCUGUUAUGAGCCUGAAGUUAUUCCUGACAUCGAGUUCUGAAACACAGCAUUAGCCCGUAAUUCCACCAAGGAAAGUAAUAACGCUAUAAACCCUCAAACAAUGCUACUGGUUCCUGUAUAAAAUAAUGACUGUAUUUUGUCUUGCUUUGAUACAAGGUGGCGAGCGAAUGCUGAAAUAAGAGCUAGCUUGUGGUGUGUACCACUUUGUUGUCGCUCCAAUAUGGCUGCCAUGAGAUCGACAACAACAACGGUCGGCCAAUCGUCACCCUGGAUACUGACCAGGUUGGUUUGUCAGCAGUUAACAAAUGCAUCAGUGAACGUCACACUAUUUGCAAUUGAUUUUACAUACACAAAACUGACAUUUUCUUAGCUGAGCUUAAAACAGAAUGCUAAUGGAAUACCCCUUUAAUCCAACGCUACACACUAGUGUAACAUUUCUUUUCCAGAUUUCAAGCGUGUACUGCGGUGAAAACUGCAGCGAUGUGAAUCAAAUAUUGCAGACAAUAGAUGUGUAUUUGUGUUUAAGCGCUAGCACGCCUCCAUGCCUACAGAGAAGAGUCUACCGCACCUUCACCCUCAAUAGAAGCUGGAACACUCCCACCCAGCUGCCAUCAGUCCCAACCCUCCCCCACUCCUCCCCCGGCUCCCACCACACCCUCCCUCCAGGGAGGCCAUAAUCCUGCCACUGCCUUUGGAAAAGAUGAUGUGUUUCACGCUGGGUCAGAGAGAAUCUCCCCCAAACCUAACCAUGGUGAGGACCAGGAGUGAUGUCUUCAGUAAUGACAAGUACGUGUUCAUGGACUGUUGGAGGAGCCAUCAGCUGGAUAGAAAAAAAAAUUUCAAGACAAAAGUUGGACAUUUUUCUGAACUAAAAUUUGCAUAAAAAGAAUGAAAAUAAAUGUAGAAAAG